AAGUUUCCGCAAAAGCGUGCAGGCACUUCCGCUGGGUGCCUUUUUACAGCUGACGAGACGGAGAGGCAGUCUGGAGGCCCUGGCGUUUCUUCUCCAGCAACACUGAGCCGUAGUGAAGCUCAUCGUUUGCAAUUCUGCUCAAAAAACGAUUCAGGUUGUUGUGCGAGGACCUAGAAGAGUGAAAACUAUGCUCCGAUCAGUUUCCCGCGCAUUCACGCGUUUUUUGACGGCGCGGGCUGCCAUUAGCAGUUCGCCUUCAAUUGCAGCAGCAAGGACCCACACCACUAGCCCUGCGAGUCCGCAGACCGGGAUCCUGAUGUUGAACAUGGGAGGACCUCAGACUCUGGAUGAAGUCCACGACUAUCUCCUGAGAAUAUUCAGUGACAGGGACAUCAUGCAACUCCCUGCUCAAAACCAACUUGGUCCCCUGAUUGCUAGGAGAAGAACUCCCGUCCUCAGGAAACAUUACGAGGAAAUUGGAGGGGGUUCCCCCAUAAAGAAAUGGACGGACAUCCAGGGACAAGGUCUGGUGAAAGUCCUCGACGAAAUCAGUCCGGAAACUUCUCCUCAUAAGUACUACAUCGGAUUCAGAUACGCCCAUCCACUGACUGAGGACGCCCUCGACCAAAUGAUCAGUGAUGGAAUCGGGAGAGCUGUGGCCUUCAGCCAGUACCAGCAGUACUCGUGCUCCACGUCAGGCAGCAGUCUGAACCAGGUCUAUCGCCACCUCAGCAAGGUCGGUGCACUCUCCGGCCCCAUGCAGUGGUCUAUCAUUGACAGAUGGCCAGUCCACAAGGGUCUAGUGCAGGUUUUUGUAGAUAACAUCCGAUCAGAGCUGGCUAAGUUCCCGGAUGACGUAAGAGAUGAUGUCAUAAUUCUAUUCUCAGCGCACUCUCUACCUCUCAAGGUUGUUAACCGUGGUGAUCCGUAUCCCCAAGAAGUGGGUGCCACGGUGCAGUAUGUAAUGGAGGAGUUAGGCCACACCCAUCCGUACCGGCUCGUCUGGCAAUCCAAGGUGGGCCCACUGCCAUGGCUCAGCCCCCAGACGGAAGACGUCAUUAAGGCUCUGUCAAAAAAGGAAAAAGAAUCUUCUCCUCGUCCCCAUAGCCUUUACCUCGGACCACAUCGAGACUCUUCACGAACUGGAUAUUGAAUAUGCCCAGGAACUUGCUCAUGAGGUGGGUAUCCAGAAUAUUCGACGGGUGGCCACUCCAAAUGAUAACCCUGUCUUCAUAAAAGCGCUGGCGGACAUUGUUCACAAUCAUCUUUGUUCCGGUCGCAAGUCGUCUGUGCAGUUCUCCAUGCGCUGCCCCGAGUGUACUAAUCCAGUCUGCGGGAAAAUGAGGGAUUUCUUUCUGUCUUAGUGCUAUAUACAACUAUUCAUUGUUGACGAUUCAUUUCUCAUGGUUUCGAAUUCCACUGUUUGUGUGGCGUCACUUUUCAGGGA